CGGGACCCCCCAGAAGGGUGGUGGGGGGCCGGGCCUUCAGCCUUCUCUGGCCUAGGCCGCGGCGUGGGCGUUGGCGGCGGCUCGGUGCGGCGGGGAGGGCCUGCCCCGGCGGUGGGAGCGGUGCCGGCUCCUCCCGGAGCUGACAGAGGGGAAAGGGUGCCGCGGGGCCGCUCGUUUGCGCUGGGGCUGAGAGCGCGCGUUCCCUCGUUGCGUUCGCAUUUCCGUCCCUAUGCGUUCGCAAGAAAACGAGUAUGACAAGCUCUAAGCCUGUAAAGAGUUCGUCAGUGUUGAGUGUUCUUAAACCUUGGAGUUUGAAGAACCGACCCCCGUAGUGCCGCGGGGGCAGCUCGGUCACCGCGCUGGCAGGGGAAACGCAUCUGCUGAUGCUGCAUUACCGGAGCUGCACCUCUCGCUCUGCUUCCCUGAACGGAUCGCCGGCCGUGGGUGUAUUCCCUCCUUGGAGGGUUCCCAGGCGCGUUCCCGUGGGCCUGCGGCUGCUCACCGAACAGCACCAGGGCCGGGAGUGCGCAGUGUGCGAGGCUGGUGGCUCCCAAACGGCCCCGUCACCUACAGCAGCCCCCCGCUCUGUGCGCCUGCAGCGCGCUCCUCCGGGUCCUGAGGAACUGCAACUAAGGGGCUGGAGAUCCUGAAUGGUAAAGUUGGUUCUCCUAAAUAAUUAACGAUAGUUACCGCCCAAAUGUAGGAAUCAAUGAAAGCAGUGAGCCCCAGCUAAACUUAAGGUUUUUCUCCCUUGCAAGUGCUUCCUCACACAGUUUGUUUCAUUUGUCAGGUGAAAAUCCCCAAGUAGCACUCGCCCAGACCUUUACCAGCACGUGGAGCGAUGCGGUUUCGGGGCAGGUACCAUUUAGGACAAGCUUUGCUGCUAGAGCAAGCCACCACUGAUUCCAAUAGGAGUAGCAGUGGGCCCUGGCCCGGGGGCAGACAGGUUCACAGCCAGCUAAUCCGGGCUGCCAGAAGCUUAUUUUUAGUUCAGAAUUAACGGAGCUUCAGCAUGAGCAACGUCAGGAGUGGAGAACUGCUCACAGUGCCUCUUCCAGGGAACUUCUUCCAAUGGUAUGGGGAAAAAACAAGUGUGCCCCCCGCGUGCCCUCCCUCCAGUGCCAAGUGGAAACCAGGAUGACAUUCCACUCAGUCGUCCCAAAAAAAGAAAGCCCAAAGGAAAGACUCCUUUAGAUGACAUUGUCCAAGCAACUGUUCGUCGGCCAUCUGAAAGCAGUGAGCCCCUAACUCCUGAACCUCAGGAUGUCCCUCCUCAGCGGAAGCGCAAGAAAAAGAAAGUACCUCCUGAUUCUGAGACAUCCUUUACCCAGCAGAACAUUGCAUCCUUAUUUCAGAAUGGAAAUGGUGUGGACAUUCCUGAAGCUGAAGAAACAGUGGUCCGCAAACAGAGAAAAAGAACCAAGAAAGCUCGGGCAGCAGAAACACACUGUUCCAAUGAUCUGGAAGUGGAGGAGGAUGACAUUAUUGAAGAUGAGCACAGGAGGAGCCCAGAUCAGCAGCCUGUGUUUGCUGCUCCCACUGGAAUUAGCCAGCCUGUUAGCAAGGUGUUUGUUGAAAAAAAUCGGCGUUUUCAAGCAGCUGACCGUGCAGAAUUGAUUAAAACCACUGAAAAUAUCAACGUGCUUUUGGAUGUGAAGUCUUCUUGGACCACCAGAGAUGUCGCCCUCUCAGUGCACCGAAGUUUCAGGGUGAUCGGACUCUUUAGCCACGGCUUUCUUGCUGGCUAUGCUGUAUGGAACAUCGUUGUUAUCUACAUUUUGGCAGGAAAUCAGCUUACCACGGUUUCUAAUCUGCUCCAGCAGUAUAAGAUGCUAGCCUACCCUGCUCAAAGUUUGUUCUAUUUGUUGCUGUCUAUCAGUACAGUCUCAGCCUUUGACAGGAUUGAUUUGGCAAAAGCAUCAGUUGCACUGAGGGGUUUUCUUACCCUAGACCCAGCAGCACUGGCUUCAUUCUUGUACUUCACUGCUCUUAUCUUAUCCUUAAGUCAGCAGAUGACAUGUGACAGAAUUAACCUCUACACACCGCCUUCAGAAAAUGGCAGCAUCUGGACUGCAGGUACGGAGGAAGAAAUUCUUCAGCCAUGGAUUGUGGUGAAUCUGGUAGUGUCUAUACUAGUUGGGGCAAGUUGGAUCUUCUUGUCUUAUCGACCAGAACUAGACCACAGUGAAGAACUGAUGUUUCAUACUGAAGUUGAGGAAUUUCCCCAGGGAGUUAUCAUACCCAGAGUCCAGCCGUAGUGUGGAACAUUCACGCUGUAGCUGUAACUGAUGGCUCAACACUUUCUGUAUUUUAACCACGUAUUAUAACUUUCAUAAAAAAAAAAAAGUAUUUUUAUAUUGUAUAUAUUUCAUGGAUCUUUUAUGUAUGCUAAUUUUUAAAUAUCCAAAUGUGACUGAAAUCUUUUCUACAUCUGCUUUUUGUUUUAUAAAGUAGAUUAUCUCUAGUACAUAAAGUCAAGGUACUUUUGUAAACAUUGCUACCUAGACAGCCAAAGGAGAUAGGUGGAUGCUGAAGAUCUGGUAUUCAGUGCUUGUUUGACAACAGUGUUAUAUUGUCAUCAUCAAUCUAUGUUUUGUUACUGACACUGAUAGCAGUUGAGGUACAUCCUUUGGUUAAGUUAUUCCUUAGAGAUAAAAACAAAUCUUAGGAAGAAAGCAGUUUAAGCGAAUAAAUGCAGAUAUCUUGCAGGAUGAAACAGUCUUCUUAGCAGACAUAUGCAAGAGCUAGUCUGUAAUCCCUUUCUUGUGCAAGUGUCACACAAGACUAGUUUUAUAUUAUAAUAUGUAUUGAGUUUUGUAUUAUUUUAUUUAAUGUAUCUGAGAGUGGUUUUAAAAGGAGUGCAGUGUCAAAGUUCCCUCGAGGUUACUGUGUUUUAUAAAAGUGAUGGUGAGUUUAGCCAGAUGAAAGAGUGGAAGGGAGGUGUUAAAAGAGCCAGUAACUUUCUAUACUGUUGCCUAAGUUGCUUUAAAACGAGGUUGGGAAAAUGAAUAACUAGGACAGCUUCUGUCCUGUCAAGAAUUUGAGUUUUAGUAUGCUUAUCUAGCAAAUUUAAGUAAUUCUAGAAAAUAAGUAAUUACGUAAUUCUAAAGGGGAAAAAAAAAAGUUCUACUGGAAUUGAAAGGAGAUUUUCCAUAGCUGCUGGCUCUAUUUUAGGGCAUUCACUUUGGUUGUGGGAAGGAACUGUUUAACUUUUUUGUCAAUUGUUACGGUUGUUGUGUUUGUAUUCUUGCAAGACUGUGAAGCUCAAUUAUGGCUAGUACUGCAUUGUACGUUACAAUGAAGAGUUUCUAGAUGCUGUUCCCCAUCAGUGUUACACUGGAGGUUCUUGUGAUUUUUGUGUAGGAGAUGGGGGACGAGGCAUUACUUAGUGUUCCCAUGUAGGUUUCCACACAGUCGAUCUCCUUGCAAAGUGGGAAAUGCACAUCACAGUUUCUUCAAGCGUCAUGUGUUUGGUUUACAGAAUUGCUGAGCUCCUGAAGAUGCGAUUAGUAAUGGAUUCUAGUUGCUAUUUCAUGCUUCUUCCUGGCAUGUGAUAAAAAGUAUAACUUUUCUCAUAAGGUGCGGAGCUCAAACACAACAGUGCAAAGGUAUCCAGUCAGUAUAGAGAAACGUGAAAUAACAUCGCUGCUUGAUUUCAUUUCUGAAAUUAUUCCAAGGAAUUGGCGUUGUAAGUAUCUCAUGAACAAAGCAAUACCAGCCAGGAGCCAGAUUUGUUCUUAUUGUGAAAUACAGUGGUUGAGCAGCAAUUAAGUUAUUUGGCUUGAUGGAAUCAAUAGUUCAAGCCAGACUUGCCUUCCUAGUUUUUACUUUUUUUGAGGACCUGAGUAUAAACCUAGAUGAAUGAAAGAGGUUUGAGGUUUGCCAUUUGAAAUCACAGUUAGAUAAACAAUUUCAUGGCUAAUUACCUCUUUUACAAGGUAGUUUUUUCAUUCCAUUAAGCCUCACAAUGGAAUUUAACUGCUUUUUUUUUUUUGUAUGUGUGUGUAGUUACUUGGAAAAUUUAAGAACAUCUUAAAGUUUACAGAAUAGAUGUUUAAUUACAGAACAUGCAUUAUCUGUAGAAGCCUUAAUUGAAAUGCUUUCGUGCAUUUCCAUUACCGUUCUUUUUAAUACAGUAUUUUGUGUUGAAGAAGAAAUUGCAGAGAAGUUAGUGCCAAUUUUUUGUUUUUAAAUAUCUGAAACAAGUGAGGAACUGAUCUGAACGACUAUUGAACUACUUUGUACUGUUUCCAAAUGUUUAGUCUAUUUAAAAUAAAUCAGUCUAACUCA